AUGUCGGCUAUGGAAAUGGUGCUGCAACAAGUGUCAAAGACCCUCAAAACCAUGGCAUACCCCUUGGCAGAAAUCUUUAUUCAGCUGUCCAGAGUGGCAUCACCGGAAUCAAGGGGAAGGCAAUGCACCCUAACUCCAACCUGGGGAUUCAAAUCCCCAGUGAGUCACCAGAGGAGCAGAGGCCAUCAGAAAAGCCAGAGCAAGUGGAGGAGAGCUGCAUCCAGCAAGGUGAUGCUGGCAGCAACUCCAAAGGAGAUACAAGUUAAAUUCAAUGGCAAUCCAUGGCAGUUUGCAUUCUUUUUGACCAAUGUGUCCAUCUACAUGAAGGAAUAUGGGUCUUGCUUCCCCACCAAAUACAAGAAAGUGAGCCAGGUAGGUGCCAGGCUUUGGGGAACUGCAGUGGAGUGGUUCAUGCAACUGCACGAUGCCAUGGCCCUGGAGCUAAACGGUCUGCGAGACUUCAUGAGAGCACUGAGAGAGCAGUUUGAAGACCCACUUGAUAAGUUGAGAGCAAAGGCGGCCAGCCAGCAACUUAGAGCAACCCCAAAAAGUUAUCAGCACAUCUUGGCCUUCGUAUUUGCUGUGAAGGAGAUCAAUGAGAAUUUGAAGAUCUUGCCCAACAUCACCCUGGGUUUCCACAUCUUUGACAGUUACCUGAGUGCCAGAAUGACCCAGCAAAACACUCUGCAACUUCUCUCUACCAGGGAAAGAAUUGUCCCCAAUUUCCAUUGUGACCAGCAUAAGAAGCUGAUGGCUGUCAUUGGGUCCCUUGACUCUGAAAUCUCACUUCAAAUGGCCAUUUUAUUACAUAUCUACAAGAUCCCACAGAUGGUGCCUAAUGAAGAAUAUCAGUAUUUAGGGCUUGUCCAGCUCCUUCACCAUUUUCAGUGGACAUGGAUUGGGAUUGUUACAGCCAAUGAUGACAAAGGAGAAAACUUUGUGCAGAGACUGGUACCAUUGCUUUAUGGGCAGGACAUCUGUACAGCCAGCAUUAUAAAAACACCAAACCUGUCUGAUGUUUUAGAGACAUUUCAGUCACUAGAACCAUUACUGAACAUGACUUUUUCAUUAACCAAUUCCAACAUCCAAGUUUUUGUUGUGAAUGCUGAUUCUCAGACUGUCACAUGUUUAAAAUGGUUGCUCUAUUACGGAAAACUUGUAGGCAUGACAGAGGCAUCCAUCAGUAAGAUGUGGAUUAUGACAGCCAACUGGGAUUUCUCAUCCCAGACAGUACAGAAAGAUUUGGAUAUCCACGUCUUCCACGGUAUGCUGUCAUUCACAAUCCACACAAAUGAACUGCUGGGUUUUCAACAUUUUCUUCAGAACCUACAUUUGAACUCACUGAAUGGAGAUGGAUUUAUCAGGAUCUUCUGGGAAGAGGCCUUUGGUUGCUUAUUUUCCACUUCAAAUGAACUUGGUAGCACAGACAUAUGCACUGGACAUGAGAAACUGGAAAAUCUCCCUGGUGUUCUUUUUGAGACAACCAUGACUGGCCAAAGCUAUAGCAUCUAUAAUGCAGUCCAUGCCAUAGCACAUGCUUUACAUAAAAUGCUUUCAUUGAAAUCAGCACCAAAAUUGAUCAAGGGUAGAAGUAGACUGGAUCAUCAAGAUGUGCAUCCAUGGAAGCUUCAUUUCUUCCUGAGGGGUAUCUCAUUUAACAAUACUGCUGGAGACUUGGUGUCCUUUGAUGAAAACGGAGAAUUAGCAGGUGGAUUUGAUAUUAUCAACUGGGUCACUUUUCCAAAUAAAUCCUUCUUAAGAAGAAAAGUUGGAAUGAUUGAGCCAAAAGCUUUGCCAGGUCAGGAGUUCACAAUCAAUAGGGAGGCCAUCACAUGGCAUGGCAUAUUUAAUCAGGUACUUCCUGAAGCUAGGUGUAAUGACAAUUGCCAUCCAGGAUACAGUCGAAAAAAGAAGGAAGGGAAGCCAUUUUGCUGCUAUGACUGUGUUCCAUGCCCAGAAGGAAAAGUUGCUCCCCAGACAGACAUGGAUUCCUGCAACACGUGCCAAGAAGAUCAUUAUCCAAACAAGGAACAAAGUCAAUGCAUUCCUAAGGGGUUUUCUUUCUUGUCUUAUGAGGAACCUUUGGGGAUGGGCUUAGCCAUUUCUGCAUGUUUCUGGUUUUUCAUCACAGUUUGGAUCUUAUGGAUUUUUAUCAAGUAUCACAACACUCCUAUGAUCAGAGCCAAUAACAGGAGCCUCACUUACACCCUCCUUGUCUUCCUUCUGCUCUGCUUCCUGACUUCAUUGCUCUUCAUUGGCCGACCUCAGAAUCUGACUUGUCUCUUCCGGCAAAUGGCUUUUGGAAUCAUCUUUUCGGUGGCUGUUUCAUGCGUGCUGGCAAAAAACAUUACUGUGAUUGUGGCUUUCCUGGCCACCCAACCAGGAUCUCAAAUGAGAAAGUGGAUGGGGAAAAAACUAGCCAAUGCUAUCAUUCUUUUCUGCUCUUCUAUUCAAGCAGGUCUGUGUCUUCUCUGGCUAGCUACUUCUCCCCCAUUUCCUGAUUUGGAUAUGCAUUCAAUGGGUGAAGAAAUUGUGUUGGAGUGUAACGAAGGCUCGGCUGUCAUGUUCUAUUGUGUCCUGGGCUACAUGGGCUUCCUGGCUCUUGUGAGCUUCCUUGUGGCUUUCUUUGCCAGGAAGUUACCUGACAGUUUCAAUGAAGCCAAGUUCAUCACCUUCAGCAUGUUGGCCUUUUGCAGUGUUUGGUUAUCCUUUAUUCCUACAUACCUGAGCACCAAAGGAAAAUACAUGGUGGUGGUGGAGAUCUUCUCUAUCUUGGCUUCCAGCACUGGACUGCUGGCUUGCAUCUUUUUCCCCAAAUGCUACAUUAUUUUGUUGAGGCCAGAACUGAACAAAAGAGAUGAAAUAAUCAAAAGAAAGAGAUAA